AUGAUCAUAUCUUUCUGGAACGGAGCAACUACUGACAUGUAUUCCUCUACAAGACUAGUUGGCAACGGGAACCCGCACCAUAACUACUUCCACAAGCAAGUUUCUCUGACGCGGCAAUGCGUUGGAAAGACUUGUUCCCUAGGGCCCCACGAGACAAAUCGAUACAGCUUUAGAUUCAGCGCUGACAAGAAACCCGCGCAAUGGAUCCCGGGCGAUUUUCCAGUUACGCCGAAAUACAGCACUGGCGGUGGUAUUAAUUGCACUGCAGCAGCCAACCACCAACUCUGUGUAUGGAUUAAGGUUGCCCAUACUGCUUACACCGUUCAAGACUGGGCGAAAAAAGAAUGUGGGAGUGGCUCCCCAAAGCCGAUUGGGAAGCCCUAUGUCAUCAAAAGCCCAAAUAAGAAUAAUGAGGGAGGUUCAUACUACUGUGUUAUCGGCACCUGUAGGGAAAAGGGUGAUGGGUACUGGGAAUGAAAGCCUGAAGAAUUGUAGCGUAGCCGAAAUCUGCUCCUCAAUCUUCUCUCGUUGUUAGCCCACCUAGGCAACAUGUAGGCGAAUCGUAACCGUUUAUCGCACUCUCUACCAUGCAGAAUCCUCGAGGCGAAUGUGGUGUUGGCAGAGGACCAAGUACAAGAAACAUGUUGCGGAGACGCUGGUGACGCUAGC